AACUGAGUACCAGACUACCAGAGAUCGCAGAGACGGUCUUCGCCUCAGAUACACGAAGAGGUUCUACGGAGCGGCCAUCGACACUGAAACCACCAUCCCAACGGGACCGUGAAUAAUCGUUACCUACCGAGCGAUGGAAGACUCAAUAUUUCAACUAUUUACUGUCGGCAUUUUAUGGGGCAGCACAAAUCCAUUUCUGAAAGCUGCAACUAAUAAAGUAAAAAGAAAUAAGACUAAUAUAAUUUCAGAGGUCAUUGAUCAUUUAACCAAUUGGCAUUAUUUGAUACCAUUUCUUAUCAACCAAUCUGGGUCUCUAUUGUUCUAUUUCACUCUAAAAUAUUCAGACAUAUCGUUGGCUGUUCCUAUUGCAAACGGAGUUUCAUUUGUGUGUACAUCAAUUGUAGGCACAUUGAUUGGAGAAGAAAAGCCAAAAUUGCGAACAAUCGUUGGAAUACUAUUUUUACUAUUUGGUAUUUUUUGUUUAAUUAUAGAUAAAAAAAUAUAAGCAACCAUUUACUAUU